AUGAGUCUUAUAAACUCGGAUACGGAGAACCGCGUGGUCCUGAAUGUGGGCGGGAUCCGGCACGAGACGUACAGAGCGACCCUGAAGAAGAUCCCCGCGACGCGACUGUCCAGGCUGACCGAGGCCCUGGCGAAUUACGACCCCAUUUUAAACGAGUACUUCUUCGACAGACAUCCGGGGGUCUUCGCCCAGGUCCUCAAUUACUAUCGUACCGGAAAGCUUCACUAUCCAACGGAUGUUUGCGGGCCGCUGUUCGAGGAGGAGCUCGACUUCUGGGGCCUCGACUCCAAUCAGGUGGAGCCAUGUUGCUGGAUGACCUACACCCAGCAUCGGGACACGCAGGAAACGCUGACAGUCCUCGACAGGUUGGACCUUGAUACGGAGAAGCCGACCGACGAGGAACUGGCAAGGAAGUUUGGCUUCGAGGAGGCGUAUUACGAGGGCACGCUCACCUGGUGGCAGAAACUCAAGCCCCAAAUGUGGUCGCUUUUCGACGAACCGUACUCGUCAUUGGCAGCCAAGGUGAUCAGCAUAGUCUCGGUCCUGUUCAUCUGCAUCUCGAUAUUGUCGUUCUGCCUGAAGACGCAUCCGGACAUGCGAGUGCCGGUGAUCGUGAACCGGACGGUGAACAUAGGCAACAUCACCUCCUGGGCAGUGGACAAAACGCACACGAACGCUCACGACUUCUUUUUCUACAUCGAGUGCAUGUGCAACGCCUGGUUCACGCUCGAGUUCCUAAUACGCAUCACAGCCAGCCCGAACCGUUGCGUCUUCAUCAAGAGCUCGGUGAACCUGAUCGACAUGGUCGCGACACUGAGCUUCUAUCUCGAUUUGGCGCUGCAACGUUUCGCCUCGCAUCUCGAGAACGCGGACAUCCUCGAGUUCUUGAGCAUAAUACGUAUCAUGAGACUGUUCAAGCUGACCCGCCACUCGUCCGGCCUGAAGAUCCUGAUACAGACGUUCCGUGCCUCGGCGAAGGAGUUAACGCUCCUAGUCUUCUUUCUGGUCCUCGGGAUCGUGAUAUUCGCCAGUCUGGUUUAUUACGCGGAACGAACCCAGUACAACCCGAAAAACGACUUCAAAAGUAUACCGCUGGGCCUCUGGUGGGCUCUGGUCACGAUGACCACAGUUGGGUACGGGGACAUGGUGCCGAAGACCUACGUCGGAAUGUUCGUCGGCGCACUCUGCGCCCUAGCCGGUGUGCUCACGAUCGCCCUGCCGGUGCCCGUGAUCGUCAGCAACUUUGCGAUGUAUUACAGUCACACGCAGGCGCGAGCCAAGCUACCAAAGAAGAGACGCCGCGUACUUCCGGUCGAGCAGCCACGGGUCAGAACACCGGGCGCGCCAAGCAUGACCGGUGGGCCAGGAGCUGCGGGUCCAUCCGGAUGCCCACAAUCACAUAUGCCGCCGGGUGGACCGCUAUUGGGCGCCGGUGCUCUGUCAUCUGGCCUCGGAGCAACGCCUGGUGACGGCUGCCCCGGUGGCCAAGAGCCGCAGAACAGACGGAUGAACGCCAUCAAGAUCAAUCAUCCCAAAGACGUUUCGUUCGCCACGAAAAUUGCACUGUCUAUAAGGGAAUAUUAGAUCGUUGCGAAUGAAAUGUCGGAUUUUUACCACGACGAAUUGCGUCGCUCUUU